AUGCACCAUGAUUGCUCCUCCCAACUACAAUUGGAGCAAAAGUGGCUACUAUCUCUCGUAAGGAUCCUCCGACCCAUGUCGGCUGCGGUGUGUUCAGAUCAAAAUUCUUUUUGCCGGUGGCGUGAAAGGCAAAUAUUUGAGUUUGAGACAGAUUGGACUCUGAAUCCCAAUCGCAGCAUCACACUUCAAACUCAAGUAUUUAGGGGUCGGAAAGCUCUGCUUUUGCUGCAGGAGAUUGAAGGAAAACUUUACGCCCUCGCCUCUUACCAACUAUCUUUCCAUGCGAGCCCAUAUUUUGAGGUUUUUGAUCCGCAAGAGGCUAAAUGGUUGCCUCUGCCAGAUCCUCCAGCUUUCCUCCGUUUCAACACCAGGGAGGUGCGUCAUAGUCCGCAGCAAUAUUGUUUCACAAUCGCGGGCACCAAUGUCAUUAUGUCAUGCGUAGGAGAGCCUGUAUACCGCUUUGACGUUGCUGACCCGAUCAACCAAGUAUGGAGAGUACUUCCUGGUAUUCCUUUAUGGGACUUGAAUUUUCAUGGAAGAGCAUUAGCUGUGGACGAUGGGGAGGGUGAUUUCGUGAUUUUCUGCUAUGGUAGUUUACGCGCGCGUAAUGCCCUACCAAUCUACCUCAUGCCCAAGGGCUAUAAUGAGUUGAAAGCCGUCAAACCUCUGCAGCUGCCAACAGGGUUGUUACCUCCUGAAUUUGUUGUCUCACCACCCAACUCUAGGUUCGUCCACCUAGGAGGUCAAUAUGUCUGCCUUGUGUUGUCCCGAUUUAUGGGACCAUUCAGCUGUUAUUAUAUGGCUGAUAUCGAGAAGAUUAGUGUUCGUGUCCUAAUCUUUGAGUUCGAAGUUAGCAAGGAUAGAAGGUCUGUGGACUUCAAGUUCUUAUAUUCUCGCAUUCUUGAAUGCGAUCGGUCUCAACAUUCUGAAGCUAUGAGCAGCAAUGGAGAGAUGCUGACCAGCGAUGUAGAGUUGGUUGGUGCCUUUGUGAUGUAA